CAUAGCGUCAUUAGCCAGCUAAACAGAUUUACAGUAUUUGAAGAAAGGGAGGGUUAUCUGACGGUUAAUCUAUAACAAUUAAGCGUCAUAAAUUUGAUUGUCAUUAGUUUAACUCAAGUAAUGAAAAAUACACAUAUUUUUCCUAAACACUUGUUUUCGACAAAAAAMAAGUCAUGGAUAUACGCAACGGGAGGAGGCGAAAGAUAAGAACCCCAAGAAGUCUGAGGGCUUACAAAAGGCUGGUUGAAGCACAGAACGCUACCGCCAACAUGACGAAACGAGAGGUGUGCAAAGUCCUGAGGUCGCUAGCGGUAGAGAACAACAACGUGGACAUCGAUGUCCCCAUGGAGGAGCACUGUUUCUCUAUGAACUUUAGUAAGAACGAGAACCUCGAGGAGCAUGCUAUGGUUAUGGCACCACGCUACAGUCUGUUGCGAGAGGUCGGAAGGGGCAGCUAUGGGGUAGUGUUCGAGGCAAUUGCACGGAGGACAGGGGCAAGGGUAGCGGUUAAAAAACUCCAGUGUAACGCUCCUGAAAAUGUGGAACURGCUCUGUCAGAAUUCUGGGCUUUGGCAAGCCUGGAGAAGAAGCACGAGAAUGUGGUGCAGCUCGAGGAAUGUGUGCUCCAAAGGAAUGGAAUGGCCCAGAAAAUGAGUCAUGGAAAUAAGAGGUCAAAACAAUACCUGCGGUUGGUGGAGACUUCACUAAAAGGUGAGCGAAUUCUGGGCUACCCGGAGGAGCCGUGCUACCUAUGGUUCAUCAUGGAGUUCUGCGAGGGCGGGGACCUGAACCAGUACAUCCUUUCGCGACGGCCCGAUCCACGCACCAACAAGAGCUUCAUGCGCCAGCUGACCAGUGCCGUGGCCUUCCUGCACCAGAACAAUAUUGUGCACCGCGACCUCAAGCCCGACAACAUCCUCAUCUCCCAGAAGUCAGGGUUGCCUGUGCUCAAAGUGGCUGACUUCGGCCUCAGCAAGGUCUGCGCAGGCUUGGGCAAAGACGGCAAUGAGCACCCCAAAGCUGGAGGCGACGGAAACAACGUGAAUAAGUUCUGGUUGUCGUCAACAUGUGGCUCAGACUUUUUCAUGGCGCCCGAGGUGUGGGAGGGCCACUACACAGCCAAGGCGGACAUCUUUGCCCUGGGCAUCAUCAUCUGGGCCAUGCUGGAGCGGAUCACCUUCAUCGACGRCGAGUCCAAGCGUGAGCUGCUGGGCACCUACGUGCGUCGGGGCACUGAGAUUGUGCCAGUGGGUGAGGCGCUCCUGGGGAACCCCAAGAUGGUGCUCCACAUCCCGCAGAAGACACGCAGCACCAUGUCUGAGGGGGUGAAAAAGCUUCUGCAGGACAUGCUUGCGGUCAACCCCCUGGACCGGCCCGACGCCUUCCAACUGGAGGUGCUGGUGAACCUAGUCACGUGUGCUGUGUGACACCGCUCCCCUCCCAUUCCCUUUUCCAAACCAUGGCCAGUAAGAGAAGGGUCUGCUUUUUUACCAGAUGUUUACUAACUCAAUGUGGGAUCCCGAGUCUGUACAGAGGUGGAAGAAGGGACUCUGAUCAUCUCUGAACUGUAAAACCUCUGUGAUUGAGGCCAGCACUUCAAWAAUCAGGACACCAUCACAGGAAAAGCUAUGCAAUCAAGUCGUAUGGAAAGUCAGGUUCUCUCCCCGUCAUCUUCUGUUUUAAAUUUGGAAUGUUGUCACCAAAAAGCCAAAAGACAUUCACCAAUGUAUGAUGGUCAGCUAUGCCAGACCAGUGCUUCCUUGCACACCUGCUUUGAAAUGGCCCAAAGGAGUAAUCGUGAUUAAGUUAUGUUUAUAUAUUUUUUUCUUUGGUUCGGUUAUGGACGGGUUCUUCCUUCUCCUCCAAUGUUGACAUGUGUUGUUGGAUGGGGCCACAGGCUAGUAUGAAUGGAUCCUUGUCACGUAUGGACUGGAGAGGCUAACAUGUUGCAU